UUUGGAUUCGAUGGAGAUCAGCACAGAGCAAGCGAGGAACGUGAUGCAGAGCCCUAGAUCUCCGUCUUCUCAGCCUUAUCUGUCAGCUUCCGUCACCGAUCCCGUCAAGUUAGGCAAUGGCGUCCAAGCUUACAUCUCUUACCGAGUCAUCACCAAGACGAAUUUGCCGGAGUAUCAAGGACCGGAGAAGAUCGUGAUCAGACGGUACAGUGAUUUCGUGUGGUUGAGGGAUCGGCUCUUUGAGAAAUUCAAGGGGGUUUUUGUUCCUCCUCUCCCUGAGAAGAGUGCUGUUGAAAAAUUCCGGUUUAGUGCUGAAUUUAUUGAAAUGAGGAGAGCAGCAUUGGAUAUAUUUGUUAAUCGGAUAGCAUCCCACCCUGAGCUUCAGCAUAGUGAGGAUCUUAGGACCUUUUUGCAAGCUGAUGAAGAGACAAUGGAAAGAUUCAGGUUUCAGGAGACUGGUAUAUUCAAUAAGAAGCCUGCAGAUUUUAUGCAAAUGUUCAGGGAUGUGCAAUCAAAAGUUAGUGAUGCUGUACUCGGAAAAGAAAAACCUGUCGAAGAAACUACUCCUGAAUAUGAGAAGCUUAAACACUACAUUUUCGAACUUGAGAACCACUUAGCCGAGGCUCAAAAGCAUGCAUAUCGCCUUGUCAAGAGGCAUAGAGAGUUGGGCCAGUCACUGUUGGAUUUUGGCAAGGCUGUAAAACUUCUUGGGGCUUGUGAGGGUGAACCUACAGGAAAGUUAUUUUCCGAUCUAGGAACUAAAUCAGAACUGGUAUCGAUUAAGCUCCAGAAAGAGGCUCAACAAGUUCUGAUGAACUUCGAGGAACCCUUGAAGGACUAUGUUCGGUAUGUGCAAUCAAUUAAGGCAACCAUAACAGAAAGAGCCACUGCGUUCAAGCAACAUUGUGAAUUGGCCGAAACAACAAAGUUAAAGGAAAUAAACCUUGACAAACUGAUGCUCACACGUUCUGACAAAGUAGGAGAAGCUGAGAUCGAAUACAGAGAGAUAAAAGCAGAAAGUGAGGAAGCAACGAUAAGAUUCGAGAGGAUAGUGAAGAGAAUGAACGAGGAGAUAGUGAGGUUCCAAGAACAGAGGAUGGAAGAGAUGGGAGUCGCGUUCCAUCAGUUUGCCAAAGGACAAGCUCGCUUAGCAAAUGGUAUUGCUGAUGCCUGGAGAGCUCUUCUUCCCAAGCUUGAAGCUGCUUCCUCUGCUUGAAUCGGAGAACUUGUUUUUGUGUGUGUUUUGGUUUCUAACAUUUUCUGGUGUUUUUGUCAACUUCAACUUUUAGUUAUAAACUUGGCUCCCUUCUUUCCACUUGUAAAAAGAUAUUAUAUGUAUGCUGAAGUCUCUUAAUCACAUACAAAUAUUUUAAUUAUA